CCCACUUCCGGUGUACAGGUGAGCAGAUGGGCGUUGACUAACUCGGACUUACUAAAAGACGGAAGAGAUUUUUUUAUUUGGGUUAAAAAUAAUCUCAAAGUGCUUAUGGAGAAUAUGUGUGGCUUUGACCAACAGAAAGGUCCUGGGAGGCUGAUGACUAAAGGACUAACACUCAUUGUGGUCGGUCAUGUCAACUUCAUCUUGGGCGCCAUCGUCCAUGGCAGCGUUUUACGACACAUCUCUAAACCAACAGGCACAAUCUCUACAGAGUACACAGUGUCCAACAUCAUAGCUGUCACCUCAGGACUGCUGAGCAUUGCAAGUGGAAUUGUUGCAAUUUUGGUGUCAAGGAAUAUUAAGAAUGUCAAACUACAUGUGGGACUGUUGGUGAGCUCCUUCUUAAACACUCUGCUUUCUGCAGCCUGCUGCGUUGGUCUUCUACUGGCCAUCAGCCUCACUAUUUCAGCCAACGGCAGUGUCCUUUUGCAGGGCUGCAACAAUACAGACAUGCCCAUUAAUGCUCGCUCACCUGUCUCUGCCAACUGCCCCUUUGACACUACACGCAUUUAUGACACAACACUAGCUUUGUGGUUUCCAUGCAUUCUGCUGUCAGCCUUGGAGACUGGUCUGUCUGUGUGGUGCUUUAUUGUGGGUCUCACCUUGAGAGGAAUUGGGCCUUGCGCUCACACUUACCUCAGAGAGAAGCUGGAAGAAGACACCUUGGCACAUACAUCAAAGAUGGAACCAGAUUUUUCAGCCCCGAGCCAACGUCUUAUUGCACACUGUUCUGCACAGCCAUAGAAUGUAAGAUCAAUCAGAAAGCUAAGAUUUGGUAAAAAAACUCUGAACCAUGGACUCAGUGGAGUAUUUGAAGUGAAGUAGUGUUUAUUCUGUUUUGGAGAAAUCAUUUAUAUUAAGCUUCAAUGUCUAAUAAUAUCAGUUGUUGAUUUAUGUUAUGUAAAAAAGAAAUGUGUUUACAAUAAUAUCUGACAUUAUUUUAAGCAUGCUUUUGAGCAAAUUUGACUCGACUAAUUUAAGCUAUAAAACAUUUCUUUGUUUUUAUGGUCAGUUUUAUGCAAGAGAUAGUAAAGUCUGUCUAAUCUACAGAUUCACAUGAAACUAUAGUGGAAAAACUAUUAUAUCUUUUGAAGACCAAAUGCUUAAAAAUGUAGUCUACACAUUUCCAAAGUCAAUCAUCCUGUUGCUGCUUAGUCUAAUUCUAUAAAUAUACACAAUAUGACUUUUGUUAUUCAUUUAAAUAGGUAAUCGCAGUGUUAUUUAUUUACCAAAGAUUUUGAGCACUCCAUAGUUAGUGGCUUUAUAAAACACUGGAAAAAUAGAGAGAGAGAGAUAGAGAGAGAGAAUACAUGAUUUAGAGGAAUUUCUAUAAUUUACUGACCUACUGAGGUGUACAUGUAAUUGAAAGAUGAUGGUUUAAAUCUUGUAUAGUUCUAUAGGAUGGUGAGAUCUUAGUCCCGAAGUAAAUCUCAUAUGAUGAGAAAUUAUUAUUGUCAGUAUUUUGUGACAUAAAGCAAGUACAAAGUUUGAUGUUUGGAAUAUAACAGUAUUCCUUUUGAAGCAUAUGAAAACUCUUGAAUUUGCAUAAAUUUUUAUGUGUUUAAUCAAAUUCCUACAUUUUAUUGUACCUUAUCAAAAUGGGUAAAAUUUGUUAAUACUAAUGUUUACAAUUUUGUUACUAAUGUAUAUUUCAUUUAUACAUUAAAUAGCAUCUAAUAAAUUUUUAAAAGCAA